CUGGAAAUUAUCUUAACCAUCCUCUUCCUUAUUGGGCUUGGCACUCACUGCCAUAACCCUUGUACAAUACCGUAUCGUUACAUUUCGAAGGCAAGUGGUAUCCACUCUUUUAUCACCGCGGUUUUAGCGGCCCUGUUGUCGCACCUCCUUGGUUGCAACCACGCCCUGCAUCCUCGACAAUUGGGUCGCCAAUCUCUGCAAUUCCUAACCAUGAGUAAAUACGGGGUUAUGGUGAUGGGCCCCGCGGGGGUGGGCAAGUCCACCUUCUGCGCAAGCCUCAUCACACACCUCCGGUUGAACCGACGAUCCGCCUUUUACGUAAACCUCGACCCGGCCGCCGAGCAGUUCGAGCACCAGCCAGACCUCGACAUCAAGGACUUGAUAUCGCUCGAGGAUGUGAUGGACGAACUGAAGCUCGGCCCCAAUGGGGGGCUGAUCUACUGCUUCGAGUUCCUCAUGGAGAACCUCGACUUCCUCACAGCAGCGCUCGACUCGCUGACCGAGGAAUAUCUCAUCAUCUUCGACAUGCCCGGACAGAUUGAGCUCUACACGCACAUCCCCGUCCUCCCGACACUGGUCAAGUUCUUGACUCAGCCCGGCGCCCUCGACAUCCGGCUGUGCGCCGCGUAUCUGCUGGAGGCACAGUUCGUCAUGGACCGCGCCAAGUACUUUGCCGGGUCACUCAGCGCCAUGAGCGCCAUGAUCAUGCUCGAGGUGCCGCACCUCAACAUCUUGAGCAAGAUGGACCUGGUCAAGGACCAGAUGCGCAAAAAGGACUUCAAGCGCUUCAUCACGCCCGACACCACGCUCCUGGACGACGACCCAACGGACAUUGCGCGAAGAAAGGCGGGCGUCCAGGUGGAUGUGCACAGCUCAGAUCCAAAGGACAAGGACGCCCUCAUGUCGGGCGCUACGUUCAAAAAGCUCAAUGCUGCCGUGGCCGGUUUGCUCGAAAGCUUCAGCAUGGUCAGCUAUCUCAAGCUCGACUCCACCGACGAGGACAGCGUGCAGGCGAUCCUAAGCUACAUUGAUGAUGUUAUUCAGUACCACGAGGCGCAGGAGCCGAAGGAGCUGCCGGAGGAGGAGUAUGAGGAAGAAUGAACAUCAGACAGGUUUAUGGUUUACAGUUUGGGUAAAUGGUGCAAUCUGUGGCAUUGCUAAGUCAGGUCAGGUGGUGUUUUGCAUAGCGACGGCGUCUGGAUGGAUUCAAAAGUGGCUGGGUUCAAUGAUGUUCUCCAGAAUUAUUCAAUAGACAGACCAAGCUCAACAGGCUCUACGCAGGUGCCACU